AAUCUUGUGGGACAUCAAAUGCACUUUAUAGUGGAAAAAAUACUUUUAAACGUUUAGUCACAUUUUGCACCAUAUUAUUUUUUGUUUACCUAUGGACUGGUUUAUCUGCACCUAGUGCCAUUGGAAAUAUAAAACAAUAAAUACAAAUUGACAAUGUUCUGAAAUGUUUCAUCUGCUUAUCUUCGGCGUCAGUAGUGGCAUCCCAGUAAUGCAAUGGGACGGUCAGUGUUGGAAGCGCACGUCACGUUUCUCCUCAAGCUCCACGAGCUGCGCGGUGCUCACUUUCAGUUUGCGCUUUGCAACUUCGCAAGUGUCUCUGCGUUUCCGCUGCUGUGAUGCGACAUAAAAUGCUUCUUUAUGCACGUGAGGCUCCAUGUUUGAUAUUCAAAUAAGGAAAACGAGAGCUUUAUCAGGUUUAUCGCUGUGCGUGCGGUUUGGAGACAUAGGGAACAUCACGUCUAUCACCGGCGAUAUGAAUGUCGAUAUUACUGAAUGACCUAAGGACAGACUAUCAUAUGGGUGUUGUUGGACAGACCAAAGAAGAUUAGUCAUUGUGUGAUCUUCAGAGAUGGUGUUGACCAGUUUCGACUUCUAAAAAUAACCCUGACCCUACCUGAAACUGCUCCAUGGUGAUUGUUUGACUAGCAUUAAUGACUUGUUGUCUUGUUGGCAUGUCUUUGAUCUCUGAGCUCUCUGAAAGGUUAAAAAACCAGCCAUGAAAUGCAGUAGAGACAUGUGACACAUCAGGCCCACCAUGCUCGACUGUAGUGGGCUACAGUGUUAUCGUCACAGUACGAUACAUGAAAGUUCAACAGAAACCUCUUGACUUUUUUCUCCUUUUUAAACAUGGCUUGAGUUGGGACCAAAGACACCUCAGCCAUUGCUGAUGAUUACUGAUGGCAAGUCUCAGAGGAAGUGAGACCAUGUGCAACAUCACAACCUCAUGCAAUGUUGACUCAAACAUAGACCAGUUCUUCCAGCCUACGCUGUAUAUUAUUGUCAUCGUCCUUGGCUUCCCUACCAAUUGCAUGGCCCUGUGGGCUGCUUACAUGCAGGUAAAGCAGAAGAAUGAGUUGGGGAUCUACUUGAUGAACCUCUCGAUAGCAGACCUCUUGUAUAUUACCACUUUACCACUUUGGAUAGACUAUUUUGUCCACCAUGAUAACUGGAUCCAUGGUCAGGUGUCCUGCAAACUUUUUGGUUUCAUCUUCUACACUAACAUCUACGUCAGUAUCGCCUUCCUCUGCUGCAUAUCUGUGGAUCGUUAUUUGGCGGUAGCUCAUCCCCUAAAAUUUGCUAAAGUCCGUAGGGUCAAAACAGCUUUACUGGUCAGCGCCAUUGUGUGGUUAACCGAAAUCGUUGCUAACUCUGCGCCUCUGUUCCAUGACGAACUCUUCCAGGACCGAUUCAACCACACCUUCUGCUUCGAGAAGUAUCCUAUGGAGCCCUGGGUUGCUGGAAUGAACCUUUACCGCACUUUCCUUGGCUUCCUAGCACCUUGGGGCAUAAUGCUGGCCGCGUACAGAGGCAUCCUAAGAGCCGUACGUGGUAACGUUUCCACAGAGCGACAGGAAAAGGCCAAGAUUAAGAGGCUGGCCCUCAGUUUGAUCCUCAUCGUCCUCCUGUGCUUCGCUCCCUACCACGUCCUCUUGUUGUGGCGCAGUGUGCUCUUUCUCAUCAACCCCUGCGACUGUGGUGGCGAGGAAAACUUGUUUGGUGCUUAUCAUGUGACUCUAGCGCUCACCAGCCUCAACUGUGUGGCGGACCCCAUCCUCUACUGUUUUGUCAACGAAGGGGCCCGUCAUGAUGUGGGUCGAGCCCUUGCUACCCUCUUGGGACUCUUCCAACGGGGCAAAAGCCCAGAAACUCUCAUGGGAGCAUCCAUCACAGUGGAGACACCUCUGGCAGUGAAGAAGCCUGAUUUCUACAGCGAGGUCAAAACGAAUGCCUAUAAAAAUGAUAUUGAAGUGCUCAAAGACGAAUGCCUUCAGAUGACCAUUCUCAGUGUUAAAAAGUGAAGCUUAAUGCCAUUGCAACAUACAGCAGCCCCGAAAAGUCCCACAUAGAAAUCUGAUAUAUGUCAAUAUAUGCAAAUGACAUAAAAUUUCAUACUUGGAUUUUACCUAUAUAUGUCAUAUAUGCAGCGAAUAUUCCAAAAUAUCGCCAAAAUAUUGGCUAUUUUUUUCUCAAUCAUUUGUAUAACAAAUAUGUUACUAUACGUUCAGAUAUAUUAGUUG